ACGCUCUGACCCCACACAGCUCGCCUCUCUCGCUUUCCCGCAUGCGCUCUCCGGCCGUCGUUCCCAGCCUCUUUCCCUCCCUCUUCCGUUUCUGUGCUGGUUAUUCAUCCACCGGGGUGAGUCAGGGAGGGUGGAGAUUCGGAAGACGGCUGUACCAGUCGCGUUUGUCGGUUGAAUACCCCCCCCCAACCCCAUUGCCCCCUCCUCUUUCUCUGUGCCACACACUCUCUCAUUGCACUGCAGUUUCUACUCGCUCCACUCUUCUCUCCAUGAGAGAGGCUCCCAGAGGAUUCUCUCAACGCUGGCCCUAGUUACCGAAGCUGCAAAUUCAGCUUUUUUUUUUCUUUUUUUUUUCUUUUUUUUUUUUUCCGCCGACCAGCAAGGAUAUGGUGCUGCUCCUUCUGGUCUGUGCUUCUUGACUACUUGGGGGCAGUAUAAUACAGACAGCAAAACACAAAAUAGUUGGACAACUGGCUCAGUAAACUGCUAUAACUGGCUAACAAAGCAGCAGACAUGCUGCAGAAGAUUAAGGAGUUUGGCUCACAUGCCAUGGAUAUCUAUGGCUACCUCGUCGCAGGAAUUGAUCCUCGGCUGAAGGAUCACCUACUGAUGCAGAGUCCUAUUCCAAUGACUGUAAUUUUGCUGUGCUACCUGUUCUUCGUACUGUACCUGGGCCCUCGCGUCAUGGCCAAUCGCAAGCCCUUCCAGCUGAAGGAGGCCAUGAUAGUCUAUAACUUUGCGCUAGUGGUGCUUUCAAUAUACAUCGUCUAUGAGUUCUUUAUGUCUGGAUGGGCCACGACGUAUACUUGGCGAUGUGAUGCAAUCGAUGUUUCCGACAGCCCUGAAGCACUAAGAAUGGUCGAGGUGGCUUGGCUGUUUUGGUUCUCCAAAAUUAUUGAGCUCAUGGACACCAUCUUCUUCGUGUUGAGGAAAAAGAGCGGCCAGAUCACCUUCUUACACAUCUUCCACCACUCCUUCAUGCCCUGGACCUGGUGGUGGGGAGUUGGCUAUGCUCCCGGUGGAAUGGGAUCCUUCCACGCUAUGGUGAAUUCUUCCGUCCACGUGGUCAUGUACUUCUACUACUUCCUUGCUGCGGCCGGACCUCGCUUCCAGAAGUUCCUUUGGUGGAAGAAAUACAUGACGGCCAUUCAGCUUAUCCAGUUCGUCCUGGUAUCUCUUCACGUGACUCAGUAUUACUUCAUGGACAGCUGCGACUACCAGUUCCCCAUGAUCAUCCACAUGGUGUGGAUGUACGGCACCUUCUUCUUCGUGCUCUUCUCCAACUUCUGGGUGCAGGCGUACGUCAAGGGCAAGCGGCUGCCCAAGCAGGACAUCAAGCCGUGCCAGAACAGCGCCACACCCGCCGCCGUCCCCGCCCCCACCGUGUACGCAAACGGCAAGCACCGCGAGAACGGCGUCAAACACUGCACGAGCAACGGCACGGCGCAUCACGAAAACGGCAGCGCUCCCAUGGGCAAGAUGAAGAAGGCCUAGGGCGCAAAGACGGAACCUCCCAAAAAGUAUGACCUCGCGAACCCGUCACACCAACUACGGAUUCCAAAGAUGAUUUUGGCUGCGUUUCUUGUCGUGUUUUGUAUGUGAAACGUGAGAGGGAGGGGAAUAACGUGGUCCAUGACUUCCACAAAGGGGUGGAGGGGGAUUCCACAUUCGCUUGGUUCGUUUUUCUUGAGUUUAUGGGGAAAGCACCGUGUAUGAAGAGAUGUUCACUGACAUGCAAGUUGAGUAUCACACUGGUUGCCUUUCACUUAAGACACCUUUCCCCAUGUUCUCACGUCACCUCUUUGUGGACAGAUGACUGUAAAGAAGACUUGAAAAUACUUUUAUCUGUAAAUAGUUUUACAACAAAAUGACUAAUUGCAUUGGUACGGCAUUCUAUUUUCGAAAUAGUGUAUUGAAAAAUAAAAUGCCAAUAAACCAUGUUAUAAAUGA